AGCUUAAUUUUCAUCCAGUAUCAAAUUGCAAUCCCGACAGCUAACUAGUAGCUCAAACUACACGUGAUUUCAACGCCAGGAUUCAAACCGAACCGCCAAGAUGUUCAAGCUGAUACUCAUCUCUGCCCUGAUUGCGGCUGCCUUCUGUAUGCCCGCUGACAAGGAAAAGUCUGAACAAUUGACUCCAUCGGAGACUUCGUGGAACUCUGCCUGGGCCAACCCGGCCAACCCGAACGCUGCGGCUUGGGGUGGAAACACCUGGAACCGAUGGAACAACCCCAAUGCCGAUCCCCGGUGGAACCGAUGGGGAGCUGAGCCUUGGAACCGCCAGUGGGGAGGAGCCAACACUGCCGGAUGGAACCAGUGGAACCGUGCCGGAGCUUGGCCAGGUGCUGCUGCUGCCCCUAUUGCUGCUCGCGGCUGGAACCCAUGGUAAACUCGGAGAUCAGAGCAAAGAUGUCGAUACGCCCCUUUUUGAUUUCGAUAAAAGGCAAUAAUUUUUGUACAGUGUGUAUAAUUUGAUUUUUUUUACAAAUAAAUUGCAUUUCACCAUUGCGGCCUACCCCUA